CAGCCGUCGAACGCCUUUUCUCGUUGACGAGCGACUUGGCGGCCAGUCUUCAUCAUGGCUUCGUACGAUCGUGAUCGACGCGUUUGGAGCGGUCCGCGGCAACCUUGCGUUUUCAACCCGGAGUGCAACUUCGGACAAAUAGUUCUGAAUCUGCUCGAGCGGUCGCCCGAGAAAGUGAUCCAAAUCGAUGGUGACACCGGCCGGACAAUGACCCGCGCCGAAAUGCGACUGCGGAUAGUGCGGGUGGCGCAAAAUCUGCAGAAGCUCGGCUAUGGCGUCGGUGAUAUCGCCUCGGUGGUGGCGGCGAACAGCGAAAACCUUGCGCCCCUCGUGCUUGGGCUGCAGGUGAUAGGCGUCGGGUUUAACGCGCUCGCCCCUAGCUUCGACGAGGAUGAAAUGGCGCAUAUGAUGCGUCAGACGCAGUCCAAGUUGGUGUUCUGUGACGCCGCUAACUACGACACGGUCAAGGCCGCGGCAGCCAAGGCCAUUACAGAACAAUUUCGGAUAUAUGUGAUGGAGGACGCCACCGAUGAAGCCCUUGGAGUGACACAGCUGUUUCAGCCAACGGGCUCGGAGCAAUCGUUCUACCCCAGAUACUUGAGAGAUUCGUACCAGCUAAUAGCAAACAUCACAUGUUCGUCGGGCACCACCGGACUUCCGAAGGGUGUCUGUUACUCGCACGCUCAGACAAUCGCCGGUUUUUGUAAAGUAGCAAAUCUCGAUGACGGAAUCUGCCUUAGUUUCAGCACCCUCUACUGGGGUACUGGAGUCUACCUGCUCAACAUGGCCGUCAUGAACAAUUCGACCCGUCUCGUCACCCGCCAGCCGUUCUCGGUGAAUCUGUUCUUCGAGCUGAUCCGGAUGUACCCAAUCAAAUUCCUGUACACUCCGGCGUCGCACGCCGCAGCCAUCGCAGGUGACCCGCGGGUCAAACAAACCGAUAUGAGCAGUAUUAAAAUUUGGGCCCUCGGGGCAUCGAGUGUGUCCGAGAGUAUCCGGGACGCGGUAGAUGACCUACUCAAACUCACCGGCGGGCGGUCUUACAAUUUCUACGGCACCUCGGAGAGCGGUUUUCUGGCGGCAGAUUUUUUCCGUAGGAAACCGAACGCAGUGGGGAAAGUUGGAACGAAUAUGCAGGUGCGCAUACUGGACGAAGCUGGGGAACCUCUAGGAGUCGGCGAGCAGGGUGAGGUGGUCGUCAAGUCGGUUGGGAUUCCAUUUUUGGGCUACUACAAAAACGAACAAGCGACACGGGAAGCACUCGACAAGGAAGGCUGGUUUCUGACGGGCGACAUUGGGUACUUCGACGAGGAGGGGUAUCUCUAUUUGGUGGAUCGGAAAAAAGACAUCCUCAAGUAUAUGGGCAAUCAGGUGUCACCCUCGGAGGUGGAAGCGGUCAUUGCACUUAUGGAGGGAGUAUUGCACGUUUGCGUAACCGGAGUACCUAAUGAUGACCAAACAUCGGAUCUCGUGACGGCAGUGAUACAGAGAAAUCCUCUGUUCGAACUGACUAAAGCGCAGGUGAUAAAUCACGUCGCCGGUCGACUUAGUGAACCGAAGCAUUUGCGAGGUGGCGUGUUUUUCAUCGAUGAGUUUCCAAUGACAUCCAACGGGAAGAUACUUCGAAGAAAAGUGCGGCAAAUGCUUCUGGAUGGGGUUAUUCAAUAAUGAGAUAAUAAAAAUGAAUUAAAAAACUUA